ACCAAGAAGAAGAUAAUGGAGGUUUGCUCCAUAACCGGUUCAACCUCCACUCUCUUUCUUCAUUCAUCUCUUCCCUUGAUUUUCUUCACCCAAUUCACUAACCAAAUCAAAUUACCCUGUUAAAAAUCUCCAAUAAUUAAUCAUGUAUUCUGCGUCUGCUUUCAAAUUCAUCAGUACUGAUAUACUCUCCUCUGUCAACACCAUAACUCCUCAGAGACUCCAUUACAUUACCACCUUAAACCCUAUCAAUUUCCCCAAAUCUCACCUUCUUCUCCCUUCGCCCUCCCGGAGAAAAACCCUAACUCUUGUCUACGCAAAUUCGUCCGAAGCAGAGGAGCUUUCUGAUACAGAGGACGAGUGGCUCAGGAGACUUCCAGAUAAGAAGAAGCCAUUGUAUUCUCACAGCUUGCCUUGCAUUGAGGCUUGGUUGAGAAAUCUAGGGUUUUUCCAAAGCAGAGAGGACCGAGCUGUUUGGUUAGUUGAAAAGCCCGAUUGGCAUGCCCAGUUAUCGCUUGAUGUUACUGAUCUUUUUAUAAGAUACUUGAAGAGUGGACCUGGUAAUCUGGAAAAAGAUGUUGAGAGGAGAUUCAGCUAUGCACUGAGCAGGGAGGAUAUUGAAAAUGCCAUUCUGGGCGGGCCUUAGGGAUUAGAAUAGCAUUUACAUAUCAUUCUUCAUUCUUCAUUCUAUUUUCUAAUCUCAUCCUUGAGUUGCAUUGAAUUAUAUUUUGCUGAGAAAAUCUGUCGAUUCGAAUGGGAAGGUUGUGUUUCCGAGAGAGCUGUCUAAUAAAACAGAUAGCUCUAUGAGUUCGGAAUUGAAAUGUAACCAAAUCUGGUGUUAACCAUAUUAGGCAUUAGCCAGUUGAGAACUCAAAAGGGAUUUUCCAUUUGUAAAGUAGUCAGCUUUCACUGAAUGUUUGAAAGUUCUUCUGAAGUAUUCAAAAAGAGAAAUUGCGCUCA